AGCGUAGAACCCUGUAACUCAGCCAUUCUAAUUCUAACACUCAUUUCUCUCUCCACUUCACUAGUAUCCUCCCCAAAACCCUAAACCUCAAACAUUCAUCAAUGGCGGAAACAAUCUCUCUCAUGGACGUCGAUGAGGGCGACAACGACACCAUCCCCAAACCUUUAAUCAAGCCUAACAAAGGCAAAAAUGUCGUCGCUCCCGGCGACGGAAGAUCCACCCUAUGGGUCGAAAAGUACCGUCCUCAGUCCCUCGCCGACGUUGCGGCACAUCGUGACAUCAUUGAUACCAUUGACAGACUGACGAGCGAGAAUAAAUUGCCGCAUUUGCUGCUUUACGGACCUCCAGGAACAGGGAAAACGUCGACAAUUUUGGCGGUUGCGAGGAAGCUUUAUGGGAAUCAGUUCCAUAACAUGAUUCUCGAGCUUAAUGCUUCUGAUGAACGCGGUAUCGAUGUUGUUCGUCAGCAAAUUCAGGAUUUUGCCAGCACACAGAGUUUCUCCUUUGGUUCAAAGGCACAUGUGAAAUUAGUUUUACUGGAUGAAGCAGACGCGAUGACAAAGGAUGCACAGUUUGCUUUACGGCGAGUGAUUGAGAAAUACACAAAAAGCACGAGAUUUGCGCUAAUCUGUAACAACGUUAACAAGGUCAUUUCAGCACUCCAGUCAAGAUGCACUCGCUUCCGGUUUGCUCCCCUGGAUUCUAUCCAUGUCAAUGAGCGGCUUAAGCAUGUUAUAGAGGCUGAAGGGCUUGAUGUAACUGAGUCAGGCUUAGCUGCACUUGUUCGGUUGAGUACUGGGGAUAUGCGAAAGGCUUUAAAUAUUUUACAGUCAACGCACAUGGCGUCAUCGCAAAUAACAGAAGAAGCAGUUUACCUGUGCACCGGAAAUCCUCUGCCUAAGGAUAUUGAGCAGAUAUCAUACUGGCUUCUCAAUGAGCCUUUUUCUACUAGCUUCAGCCGAAUUUCUGAAAUUAAGACCAGAAAAGGAUUGGCGUUGGUAGACAUCAUAAGAGAAGUAACAAUGUUUGUUUUUAGAAUCAGAAUGCCGGCUGAUGUUCGAGUUCAACUGAUAAAUGAUAUGGCUGAUAUAGAGUAUAGACUAAGUUUUGGAUGCAGUGACAAAGUUCAGCUUGGAUCUCUUAUUGCCUCAUUCACAAAGGCUCGCUCUGCAUUAGUCGCGGCUGCAAAGUAGAUGGUCCCUAUGAAGUGCAACAGAAUUUGAGAGGUUUCAUUUUGGCCCCAGGUUUGGUUCAAGCUUUCAUGUAUAACAUGUAAAAAUUUGAACCUUUAACCUCCCACCCUCCAAACAAAUAUAUGUAAAGGAGAGCGAGAGUCACAUGUAAAGGUACCUCUUCCUGGGUUCGAAUGUGUUUUGAUGAGCAUUUCUUUGUCUCGGCUGCUAGAUCUUUGGCUCUUUGCAACUCCAUUGUCUAUUCGAGUAAAUUAUCGUGGCUGCAACUCUGCAAGUUUGUUAGUUGAAAACUUGAAAUGUUAGGUAAGUUUGUUAGUUGAAAACUUGAAAUGUUAAGUAAGUUUAGUUGAUGAUAUGUUAGGUAAGAAAUGUUAGGAACUUUCAGACGCUUAAUGUUUUUUUUCUCUGGGCAUUAAGGGAAGCUAGAAAUGAAAAAUUUGCACAGAACCUCUUCAGUAUUCA